AAUGCAAGCAUAUACAUUAGAAGUUUUGUUUGGAAAGUUAAUUAUUUUUAUAUAUUUAAAUGCAGGAAUCUAUGGUUUAGUAUUCUCGGGUUUGAUUUACUAAAAUUCUAUCACCACAGGAAAUUGUGGAAUUAUUUUUACUGUUUUAGUUCUUUAUGGUUCAAACUUAAUUAAGAAAUAUAAUGAAAUGGAAAAUGCAAAGGCUAUUAUUGGCCUUUAUUCAAUUUAAUUGAUUUUAAAUUUUUUAACAAUUUUAGAAACUAACAAUACUAAUAUUGGGAUAGUAAUAGGAGGUAUAAUUAAUGGGUUUGGAAUUUCAUUAUUUUAUAAUUUUCGACACAUUAGUGAAAAGACUAAAAAAGCUUCAUAUAUUAUUAUUUUUGUAAUAUAUUCAGUUGAAAUUAUGAUGUUUGGAUUGCUACAAACUUUAGAAGUUGAUAAAAUAUUUAAAAUAGAUUUGUUUUGUUGA